AUGAAUGAGACCAGUCGCCCUCUGCCCCAGGCAAAGCUGCAGCUGCAGCUGCCACAGCGGUGACCACGCACGCUGCACCGCACCGCACCGACGGGUGAGACCUGCUGUGUCCACCAACCGUGAGCCCAGCAGGCGACCGACGACGCUAGCUUAGACUAGGAACCAACAAUGGCCACGCGCCACCUGCUCCUCCUCCUGCUCGCCGCGCUGCUCCCGGCGGCGGCCACGGCGGACCCGGACGCGGUGCAGGACUACUGCGUGCCGGACACGGGCGGCGGGCGCGGGCGCGGGCGGGCCGUGGAUCUAGCGCUGCUCCCGUCCUACCCGUGCAGGAGCCCCGCCAACCUGACGGCGGCGGACUUCGCCUUCGCGGGCGUGCGCGCCGCGGGCAACUUCUCCGCGGACACGGGGUUCGCGGGGGUGUCGGUGACCCCCGCGCAGUUCCCGGCGCUGCACACCCUCGGCGUGUCCUUCGCGCGCGCCGACCUGUCCGCGGCGGGCGGGGUCAACCCGCCGCACUACCACCCGCGCGCCACCGAGACGGCGCUGGUCCUGGCCGGCCGCGUCUACGCGGGAUUCGUCGACUCGGGCGGCCGCGUCUUCGCCAAGGUGCUCGAGAAAGGGGAGGUCAUGGUGUUCCCGCGCGCCAUGGUGCACUUCCAGAUGAACGUCGGCGACGAGCCGGCCACGGUGUACGGCACCUUCAACAGCGAGAACCCCGGCAUCGUGCGCAUCCCGGCGACCGUGUUCGGGUCCGGGAUCAAGGACGCCGUCCUCGAGAGGGCGUUCGGCCUCGAGCCGGAGGAGCUCCGCCGGCUCCAGAAGAGGUUCGGGCCUCCUCCCAAGACCAAGACGGCGGAGAUGGACGAUUGAUCGGAAGAUCAGGCACUCGCGAUCAAGGGGGACAUGAUUAAUUGAUUAGUUAUAUUAAGAGCAGCAGACUUUGUGAUCUCUGGAAUAUAUCUCCUUCCAUUUGUUAAUGUCUGUAUGAAUUAUUUGGCGGUGGACGGUGGUUAUCAUGGACCGAUAAUGCCGGUACGUACAGAUGGGAUGGGCAUGUGGGGUUAGGUGUCACAUUCAAGUGUCUACGAGAUGUUUAUGGGUUUAUAUAUAUUGUUAAUAAAGCAGGCCGACUUUAUUUGCUCUG